AUGAAACAAAACGAUGCAAUAGCCCUCAUAGUGAUUCUCCUCGUAUUUGCAUUAAUACUCGUUGCAUUUUUUAUAUUUAGACUUUCGAGGAGAAUAGUUUAUCAUAGUGACUAUUCUUCUAAUUCGAUGUCGGAAUCAAAUUCGACAAGUUCGCCACGCCCUCCUCUGCCGCCGCCGGGAAUAGGGAGACCGGUUAUUGGUGGAGCAGGAAGAGGUAGACCUGUUGUGGGAGUGGGAGGACCGGGAAGACCUGUAGUUGGGGGUGCUGGACCUCCACCGGGGGUUGGGCCAGGAAGACCAAUGGUGGGAGGUGGAAUGGGAGGGUGGCUUGGCGGGGGAAGACCAAUUGUGGCUGGUGGGGCGGGGAGACCGGUUGCUGGAGCUGGAAGAGGUGGAAGACCUGUUGUUGGGGAUGAUUGA